UAGCACCAACUAAAAUCGCACCAGAUACAAAAGAAACAAACAAUACGAUCGCGAACUGAGACAACAGAAAAAGAGUUUAUGAAGACGGUGAUUAUGUCCAGAGCACUGUAGUCUGGAGUCCGCGCAUGACGGCCUGAGGUUUCCUAGAUCACGUGACGCGGGAGAGGCCUCUCAGCAUGGAGGAGCAGUCAGAGAACAGCGAGGACAAGGACAAGACCAUAGAGGACGAUUCCAACGAUGAUGAGCAGUGCAUCGUCACAGGGCUCACCAAGAGACAAAAGCAAGUCCUACUCAACUCAUGGGCCAAACUAAAAGGCAACUCAGAGGAAGACGCCGACAAUCUGGGCCUGGAACUGGUCUUGUGGAUGCUGGAAGAAAUUCCGCACAUGCGAAAGUUGUUCCGGAAAUUCAACGCUAAAAAGAACAACGCGGAGCUGUCCAAGGACCAGAUGUUUGUGGCUCACACUAAGAAGGUCAUCGGCAGUCUGGACACUGCCAUGGGGGUCUUGACCAACUCCGACGAGUUCGCGCUGGUGGCGACAAGUGUCUGCGCGCUUCACGUCAAUCUGAAACCUUCAGUGGGGUCCAAGUAUUUCGAUCCCUUCCACGAGAAGUUCCACCUGUUCAUUGAGAAGCGGCUGUCUCUACCCCCGGACCACGAGGAGGUGCAGCUGUGGACGGACUUCCUGGGGGUGGUGUGUGCGGUCAUCAAGUCGGAGGAGGCCAAACUACCUAAAAAGUCCGGCUGUUGUGUCGUCAUGUAGCUGGCCAACACCACAAGCAACCAUAUAUUUCCGUGUUCAUCUUUUGUCGAUGUCCAUCGACAUUUUAUCAUCUCAAGUUGAU